CCUCUCUUUCAAGAUGAGAGCGCCAAAAACCAAAAACAAAAUUCCUCAAUUUCCCUCUCUUUUUCUCUAUCAUUUAAUCAUAUUCCCACUUCCCCCCUUUGCCCGCCUCCCUCAUUCCCCCUUCCCCUUUCCUCUCUAACAAACAUUACCAAAUCCAACAUCAACUUUCAAUUCUGAAAUGGCGAGGAAGCGAGUUGAGGCUGAGGAUACCGCCACCGCUGCCAAUUCCAUGGUCCGUGGCAAAGAUGGCAGUGCUUUUGCUCGAUGUGACGAGUGCAAGAAGGAUGUCCCGGUGGCUCUUAUAAGCAUGCACAGCUGUAGCCUUGAAGCUAGGAUCAAGAUGAAUUUGGAGGCUCAGAUUGUUGAAAAGCCUGCUGAGACUACGAAGAAGCCAGCUGAAAGGAAGAAACCAACUUCGACAGAACCGAAGGCUAAGAAAGCUAAGAAAGACAAGAAGCCCAACAAUCCUAACAAGCCCAAACGCCCUCCCACUGCUUUCUUUAUUUUCCUGGAUGAGUUUAGGAAAACAUUUAAAGAAGCAAAUCCGGACUCUAAGGACGUUAAAAGGGUUGCAAAGGAAGCUGGUGAGAAAUGGAAGGCUAUGACUGAUGAAGAGAAGAAGCCUUAUGCUGAUAAAGCUACUGAGCUUAAGGCUGAGUAUGACAAAGCCUUGGGAGAAGUUAACAAUGCUGAAAAUAAAGAUGAUGAAGGGGGUUCAGAGAAGGAUGAUGCUGAGCAGGAAGUACAAGAAGUGCCUGAUGAAGAGUAGGAUAUUUUAACGACUGCGUAGAGGAUUGUAUAUUUUAGGAUUUCCUUUAGUCAGUGGGUAACAUUGGAUGUUUGGUUAUUGCUAAGAGUAUUAUAAUCUCUAUAUGUUUCUUAGUUUAGCAUGAUCUAUCAUUUCUUUUGACUUGUUUCAGCAUAGCUUAUUAGCAAUCAUAUGGCUUGAUCCUCUGUCACUAAGUGUGCCAAUGAGAAGAAUGAUAUUCAAAAUGAUCAUUUGUGAUGAAA